UCUAUAUAUAGAAAUUACAAACUACAUAUCUUCACCACCCAAUUAUAUUAACUACCUCUCUUCCUUAAUUCCUUUCCAUUCCAAUUCCCAACCAAAAAAAGCCAUGCUACAAGAAGUCGCUAUGGUCAAGGGCAAGAGGAGCAAACGGCCUCGCUCGGCCUCCCCGCUCACCUUAACCAUCGCCAGCACCUCCUCCUCCAACGCCGUUGUAAGCGACGCCUCGCCUUCUCACUCCAGCCGUAACGACGAGGAGGAGGAGGAGGAGGAGGAAGACAUGGCCAACUGUUUGAUCCUCUUAUCCGAAGGUAUAUUGCCACCACAACAACCACGUGCGUCUGCAGAAGUUUACCAGUGCAAAACGUGCAGCAAGUGUUUCUCGUCCUUCCAAGCAUUGGGUGGUCACAGAGCCAGUCACAAGAAGCCGAAUAAGCCAACAAGCCUAGAAGAAAAGAAGCAAUUGAGUGACGAAGACACAAAUCUCUCACUGCAAAUAAUUUCACAUAGACCGGUGUCGUCCGGCAGCCCCAGGGUCCAUGAGUGCGCCAUAUGCGGCGCGGAAUUUGGCUCGGGGCAGGCGCUGGGCGGACACAUGCGCCGGCACAAGCCGAUUCCGGGAGUGAAGAAGGCGAGGAAUAACGUGUUGUCGUUAGACCUCAAUCUUCCGGCGCCGGAAGACGAUCAGCCGGAAUCUAUGUUUCCUUUUGCGGCAAAGGAACAAGUCAUAGUCUUUGCUGCUUCGCCGUUAAUUGAUUGCCAUUAUUAAACUGGCAGAUUACAGAUUUAAUUCCUUGUAUCCAUUCUUUCUUUGGUUACUUUUUUUUAUUUUAUUUUAAAAAAACUUACUGAUUCUACCGAUUUCA